CAUGAUGCGAGCGAAGGCGGUGUUACCAUGCCCGGGUGUAGUUGUAGUUCUUUUUUCUUCUUUCUUUUUUUUUUCAGCGCGACGGCAGACGAUAGUCACAAGGAGUUGAUGCCUGGUCACGACGCUAGUUAUUGCCCACAGGUUGCCCUCGUCGUUGCUUUAGUCAGUAGCUACGAUGCGGCAGCAUUCUGCAGUUCGUGUUUAGUGACAUGCUCUCCACGCACAGUGUGAUCAUCCAACAGUUAUUCAGGUAGAGAGACAAUGUCCUGAAUCCACGUCAGAAGGGAAGUGACAUCGGAAAAAACGAAGGGUGACGUCCUGAAACGGGUCUCGUUUCCCCAGGACACGACGCCGACGACUGUCCAUCCUCCGUUUCCUUCUUGAGUCAUAAGAGGUCCUCCAGAGUCUCCCUGUUGGAGAGAUACAGAAUAGAGAGGCGUCAGCAUGGCCUUUAGCUUUGCCGGAACUCGGCUACGCAGCUUCCGAUUUGCAUAACAUGGGUAUGACGACAGGACACGUCGUUCAAGCUUCCUAUACUCCGGAACCAUGCGUCAGUGAUGCAGACUGCGUAGAAGGCACACUCUGCGUGCCCCACUACAACUACUCCAAGUCGAACCCUGGACAGUGCAGACCCAUGUAUUUUUGUGUACCCGUGUCCUACGACGAUUGUGCGUGUGCGAGUCCGGGUUACGAGUGCAGGAAGAAGGACUGUGAAUGCUCUCCUUUCGAAUGUGUGGUAAUUGACAACAGGGACACAAGAUGCGACGGAUCUAAGGGGCCAAGAUGCCGAGAAGACCAAGUUUGUGGGUACCGGAGGACUGGACUCUAUUGCUUCAAUUGCCCUUGCUAUGGUACCCAUGUCGCUGAAUGUGUGGACGUGAAUCCUGACCAAGGCACAUGCCCCGACAGCAUCAUUAUCAUCAACAACGACGGCAGCUACACCUGUGAAGGCUGCGAAACGAUCGUCAACGUCUUAACGGGGCCCUGACAAGCAGAACGCGCAAGGCAGGCAGCCAUCCGGACCAGUCAACGCAUGCUUAAUGUUCUUGGCCCUCUUGAAGUAAACAUAAAUAAAGCGAAAUCUACAGGA